GAAAACUCAUUACCCUUUAUUAGUGAACAUCGCUUGGAGACAACAGGAGGUUAGGACAGGAAGUUAAUUUUAAGAGAGAAAUCUAUUAUGGACACACAGAAACGUUAUACAGUCGCGAGCUCUAUCGACAGACCAGACACUAAACGAACCAGGAUAUCCAAGGACACAGCUACAAUCCGGAAACGUACUCCUAUACGAGCGCCUACUCUACCAACCGACAUUUAUAUCACCACAUCAUCAAGCUACAAAGGCCAGCUCGCUCGUGCAAUAAAAUUGUUGGUCAGCGAUGGUCAUCCAUUUAUUACACUCCACGCCAUGGGCCCAGCGAUUGAAAGGGCGAUUGCUCUUGCCAUGGGAAUCAAUCAGGCGUGUUCCAAUCAAGUUCGAUGUCAUACCGAAACAUGUACAGUCAAUCUAACCGACGAUCUUAUCUUCGUCGACCCAGAACAGGAUCUAGAUACCCACGCUCGCCAGAACUCGGCUGUUCAUAUCCGGAUAGAGAUGAUCCAGCCCAUGCCUGGAACUCUGCGUGAAUUAGACCGCAGCUAUCGUGGAGGCAGAAGAAGGCGGUGA